ACUCAAUGUCUUCGUCUGGCAUACGAAUCCAUCACGGAACCAGAGCCUCCGCACCAAAAGCAGUUAAACACGACCACCAAACCCCACCAUCAGCCUCAGAAGUUCUGAAGCUCACCAAUUACCCCCUCGAGCUUCAAGAAUGGGAGCCCCCACGAUCCAAAGUGGGAUGACGAUGGAGGGGUUCUUUCGUUCUUGGCGGGGUACAACGUUGCGGGCGGGGCGGAGUCUGUACUCUACCUAGGUAUGGAGGGGUAGCUCAUCUUCCUCUCCUGAUCUUAUAUACCUACCUCCAAUACUCAAACUCAACUCAACUUUCUUCUUUCUUACUCUCUCUACUUAACCAAAACAUACACCUCUCUAUAUAUCUUCCACCAUGCAGCUCCAAACCAUCCCAAUAAACAAAAACUGGCACUUCAAACAAACCACCCCCCUAAACGCCUCCUGCGCCUCCACCUGGUUACCAGUCUCCCAGUUCCCAACAGUAGCACACCUCGAUCUCCUGCACCACAACCUAAUCCCCGACCCCUACAUCGACACCAACGAGCUCUCCUGCCUCUGGGUCAACGACGCCGAUUUCUCUUACCGCACCACGUUACCCCCCAUCCCAUCCCUAACAUCUCCCGCCCAGAAAAUCGUGCUGGUUUUCGAUGGCUUGGAUACCAUCGUUUCCGUUUAUCUUAAUGAGAAGCUUAUUCUGGAGAGUAAUAAUAUGCAUAUUUCGCACCGGGUAGAUGUCACUUCCCUGCUGUCCUCCUCUUCGUCAUCAGAGAAUGUACUGGAAUUAAAGUUUACCAAUGCACCAGCGUACGCGAAAAGGGAGAUGAAGAGGAUAGGGUACAAGGGCAAUGGAACAGAUGUCCAUUUCGGCGGCCCCGAGAGGCUGUUUGUCAGGAAGGCGCAGUUCCAUUGGGGGUGGGAUUGGGGGCCUGCGGUUAAUACGUGUGGGCCGUGGAAAGGGGUCAGGAUGGAGGUUUUUGAACAGAGGGUAGGGGGGCUGGUUGUGAGGCAGAAAGUGGAGGAGAGUUUAGAGAGUGUGAUGGUUAGUGUGAAAGGGAAGGUGGAGGGAGGUGCGGAGAAAGUGGUGCUUGUGGUCACGGAUCCGGAGGGAGAGGUGGUGGGGAGGGAGACGGUGGGUGUUAAUGCUGAGGGAGCGUUUGAGGGGGAGGUUAAGGUUGAAAAGCCGAGGCUGUGGUGGCCGUUUGGGUAUGGGGAGCAGCCGCUUUAUACGGUGAAGGCGGAGAUAGAAGGUUCUCAUCUGGUGGAGAGGAGGGUGGGGGUUAGAAAGUUGAAGUUGUUGCAGCAUGGGUUGGAGGGGGAGGAGGGGACGAGUUUCACGUUUGAGGUUAAUGGGGUAAGGAUCUUUUGCGGGGGGAGUUGUUGGAUUCCGGGUGAUUUUAUGCUCCCAAGAAUGACGGAGGAGAGGUACAGAGAUUGGUUGACGUUGGCGAAAGAGGGGAACCAAGUCAUGAUUAGGGUUUGGGGAGGAGGCAUAGUUGAGUCUGAUGAUUUCUAUAAUUGCUGUGACGAGCUGGGAAUAUUGGUUUGGCAGGACUUUUUGUUCGCUUGUGGGGAUUAUCCUGCUAGUGAUGACUUCUGCGAAUUAGUCAAGAAAGAGGCAGAACAACAAGUCAUCCGCGUAGGCCACCACGCUAGCCUCGCUAUCUGGGCGGGCAACAAUGAAGAUUACAUGCUAGCCGAGCGCUGGGGCUGGGAAUAUGAUCCCAAAGAUCAGGAAGGACCAUGGGACCAUACGAAUUUCCCAGCAAGGAAGAUCUACGAGAGGAUCUUGCCAGAAGUAUGUGAGCGUCUGGCAGGGGAUGUGCCGUAUUGGAGGAGUAGUCCUUAUGGCGGGGAAACAAGUAACGAUUUGCGUGUUGGAGAUACACAUAUCUGGGACGUCUGGCACGGCAAAAUGUCUCCCUUCCAAGACUACAAAGCCUACACCUCCCGCUUCAUCUCCGAAUUCGGCUUCGAAUCCGCGCCCUCCCUCCGCACGCUUCAUACCGCCAUCACCUCUCCCUCCGAACGCCACUGGCAAUCCCUAACCUUCGAUGCCCACGACAAAGGACCUGGCCACCAACGCCGCUACGGCAUGUAUUCCGGCGAGAAUUUCCGCUUCCGCUUCAACCCCCUCUCCGAUUUCGUCUACUGCACGCAAUUCCUGCAAGCUGAGGCGAUGAAAUACGCGUACAAUCACUGGAGACGCGAAUUCAGGGGCCCAGGGAAGGAGUUCUGUUCGGGGAUUUUGGUGUGGCAGCUAAAUGAUGUGUGGCCGGGCACGAGCUGGGCGCUGGUGGAUGUGAGGGGGGAUCGGAAGGCGAGUUUUUAUAUCACGAAGAGGGCGUUGGUGAGGGUUGGGGUGGGGAUGGAGAGGGUUGUUACGGGGAGUGUGCCGUAUAUGGUUACGUCGUAUCCGGCACCCAAGAGGAAGUUGGCGGUUUGGGCGGUGAAUGGGUUUUUGGGGAAGUUGGAUUGUAAGUUGAGGUUGAAGGCGUUUGAGAUUGAGACGGGGAAGGAGGUUGAGUUGGGAGAAAGGGAAAGGGACGUCGUGUUGGAGGGGAAUCAGACGACGGAGUUGUUGGAAGUGGAGCUGGGGAAGGAGGCAGAGAAGAUGGUUGUUGUGGCUUAUCUUGAUGAUAGCAAGACUGGAGAGAGGUUGGCGAGAUGGGUUGAUUGGCCAGAACCUUUGAAAUUCGUUCAUUUCUCUAAGAACCCGAAUGUUCAAGCCAAGGUUGUUGGGCAAGAAGUGGUGCUGAGUGCGGAUGCGCCGAUCAAGGGCGUGAUGUUGAGCGUUCCGAUAAGUGAAGGAGGAGAUGAUGCUAGGUGGGAUGAUAAUUUUGUGGAUUUGGUGCCGGGAGAGGAAGUUAGGAUUGGUGUUAAGGGGCUUGAGGCAAGGAAGGUUGAGACCAGAUGGCUGUGUGAUUGGGAGAAUGAGAAGGGCUUUGAGUUGUGAUCGGUGAAAGGUGUCUAGAAACGGAAAAGUAAAUGAUCUAUCUUGGAAGUGUGUUAUUGUGAGGGGACCACCAGAGCUUGUGAUUUGUCUGAGUAUCAGUGCCUUUCUUGAUACUUCGAUGCUUGAAGCCCACUCAAUGAGAGUCAUUUAAUUCUGCUUGAUACCAUUGUAUAAAGCUUCCUCUGCAACGAGUCUCCUUCAAAGGUG